GUGAGAAAAAAAAAAAGAACGAAAAUCUUAAAGUUAAAGAACAACAGCAACCGUCCAAGCUAAAAACACUUGCUGUUGUUGUUAGCUUCGUCCUAUUCUUCUCUUCUUCUAAUCUUCUUUUACUUCCCCAAAGUUUUCUUUUCCAUUUUCACGUAAGAAUCUAAAUUUGGGGACAUGGGUUUUUCUUGUGUUGGUUGGUUUUGUACUGGCAGAUAAUAAGAUUUAGUGAAAACGCAGUGGUGAUUUGUGGAAGAAGAAGAAGAAGAAGGGAAGGAAAAUAGUGAAGACCCAUUAAUGGCUUCUGGUGGUAAAGCAGCUUAUGUUCCACAACAACAAGCUCAGUCUUCAGGUACAAGUAAUAUUCGAGCUCAAAAUACAGAGUCGAUGAGUAAAGCCAUUGCUCAGUACACCCUUGAUGCUCGACUCCAUGCCGUCUUUGAACAGUCUGGUGAGUCUGGCAAGUCUUUUGACUACUCAAAAUCCAUUAGAACCACCACCACACAAUCGGUUCCGGAGAAGGAAAUUACGGCUUACUUGUCGAAAAUCCAGAGAGGCGGCCAUAUCCAAUCCUUUGGGUGUAUGAUGGCCGUUGACGAAGCCACUUUUCGGAUCAUUGGGUACAGCGAGAACGCUCGAGAUUUGUUGGGUCUGACCCCACAAUCGGUUCCGAGCCUCGAAAAGCCUGAGAUCCUCACUAUUGGGACCGAUAUCCGUACACUAUUUUCGCAUUCGAGCGCGUCUUUGCUCGAGAAGGCUUUUCGAGCUCGGGAAAUCACGCUCUUGAAUCCGGUUUGGAUUCAUUCCAAGAAUUCUGGGAAGCCCUUUUAUGCGAUUCUUCAUCGAAUUGAUGUUGGGAUAGUAAUCGAUUUGGAGCCGGCGAGGACAGAGGACCCUGCUCUGUCCAUCGCCGGAGCCGUACAGUCUCAGAAGCUGGCGGUGAGAGCAAUUUCCCACUUGCAGUCUCUUCCCGGUGGGGAUAUCAAGCUGUUGUGUGAUACUGUGGUGGAGAGUGUGAGAGAGCUUACUGGUUAUGAUAGGGUCAUGGUGUACAAAUUUCAUGAAGAUGAACACGGUGAGGUUGUGGCUGAGAGCAAGAGGCCUGAUUUAGAGCCAUACAUUGGGCUGCACUAUCCAGCCACGGACAUUCCUCAGGCGUCGAGGUUCUUGUUCAAGCAGAACCGAGUUCGAAUGAUCGUUGACUGCAACGCAUCGUUGGUUCAGGUAUUCCAGGAUGAAGGACUAAUGCAGCCUCUUUGCUUGGUGGGUUCGACGCUUCGAGCUCCUCAUGGCUGUCACACUCAAUACAUGGCCAAUAUGGGUUCUAUAGCUUCUUUAGUAAUGGCGGUUAUCAUUAACGGAAAUGAAGAGGAAGCCCUUGGAGGGAGGAACACUAUGAAGCUUUGGGGUCUGGUUGUUUGUCAUCAUACUUCAGCUCGGAGCAUACCAUUCCCGUUAAGGUAUGCUUGUGAGUUUCUUAUGCAGGCUUUUGGACUCCAGUUGAAUAUGGAGUUGCAAUUGGCCUGUCAGUUGUCGGAAAAACAUGUUCUUAGGACUCAAACUCUGUUGUGUGAUAUGCUUCUUCGUGACUCUCCUACUGGAAUUGUUACUCAAAGUCCCAGCAUUAUGGACUUAGUGAAGUGCAAUGGGGCAGCACUCUAUUACCAAGGGAAGUACUACCCACUUGGUGUGACCCCAACUGAAGCUCAGAUAAAGGACAUUGUGGACUGGUUGUUGGCUUACCAUGGAGAUUCAACUGGUUUGAGUACAGACAGUUUGGCUGAUGCCGGGUAUCCUGGUGCAGCCAUGCUCGGUGAUGAAGUUUGUGGUAUGGCUGUUGCUUAUAUCACGAAAAAGGAUUUUCUUUUCUGGUUCCGAUCCCACACUGCAAAGGAGGUCAAGUGGGGUGGUGCAAAGCAUCACCCUGAGGACAAGGAUGAUGGACAGAGGAUGCAUCCACGUUCUUCCUUCAAGGCGUUUCUGGAAGUGGUGAAAAGCCGUAGUUUACCUUGGGAGAAUGCAGAAAUGGAUGCAAUUCACUCUUUGCAGCUAAUUCUGCGAGAUUCAUUUAGAGACGCUGAGGCUAGUAAUUCGAAGGCUGUUGUACAUGCCCAGGUUGGGGAUUUGGAGUUGCAUGGGAUUGAUGAACUAAGCUCGGUUGCAAGAGAAAUGGUUAGGUUGAUUGAGACUGCAACUGCUCCUAUACUUGCUGUUGAUGUUGAUGGCCGUAUAAAUGGGUGGAAUGCUAAGAUUGCAGAGUUGACUGGGCUCUCUAUUGAUGAUGCUAUUGGGAGGUCUUUGGUCCAUGAUCUUGUUUAUGAGGAAUCUAAAGACACUGUUGAAGAACUCCUUAACCGUGCUUUAAGAGGAAAAGAAGAUAAGAAUGUAGAGAUAAAGAUGAGAACAUUUGGCCCGGAACACCAUAAUGAUCCUGUUUUUUUGGUGGUCAAUGCUUGCUCUAGCAGGGAUUGUACAAACAAUAUAGUUGGUGUUUGCUUUGUCGGUCAGGAUGUUACUGGUCAAAAAGUUGUCAUGGACAAAUUCAUUAACAUCCAAGGCGAUUACAAGGCUAUUGUUCACAGUCCCAAUCCUCUGAUUCCUCCCAUAUUUGCUUCAGAUGAUAACACGUGUUGUUCUGAAUGGAAUACUGCUAUGGAAAAGCUCACUGGAUGGACUAAAGAAGAAGUUGAUGGAAAAAUGUUAGUUGGGGAGAUCUUUGGCAGUUGUUGUCGGCUCAAGGGUCCAGAUACUUUGACGAAGUUCAUGAUUGUACUGCACAGUGCCAUUGGAGGGAGGGAUACGGACAAAUUUCCCUUUUCAUUCUUUGAUCGAAAUGGAACAUAUGUACAAGUUCUCUUGACAGCAAAUAAGAGAGUUAAUAUGGAGGGCGAAGUGAUUGGAGCUUUCUGCUUCUUGCAAAUUGCUAGUCCUGAGUUGCAGCAAGCUCUUAAAGUUCAGAGGCAACAGGAGAAGAAAGAUUUUUCUAGGAUGAAAGAGUUGGCUUACAUUUGUCAGGAAAUAAAAAAUCCAUUAAAUGGCAUCCGGUUCACUAACUCACUCUUGGAGUCAACAGAAUUAACAGAAGACCAAAAGCAGUUUCUUGAGACUAGUACUGCUUGCGAGAAGCAAAUGUUGAUGAUCAUAAGGGAUGUCGAUUUGGAUAGUAUCGAGGAUGGUAGUUUGUUGGAGCUGGAGAAGGUGGAAUUUCUACUUGGAAGUGUAAUAAAUGCUGUUGUUAGCCAAGUAAUGAUACUGCUAAGAGAGAAGAAUCUACAGCUGAUUCGAGAUAUUCCAGAAGAAAUCAAAACAUUGGCAGUUUAUGGUGAUCAGGUGAGAAUUCAACAGGUAUUGGCUGAAUUCCUAUUGAAUAUGGUGCGUUAUGCGCCAUCUGAAGGUUGGGUGGAGAUUCUUGUUCGUCCUAGCUUGAGGAAUGGUCAAGAUGACCAGACUCUACUUCAUACUGAAUUCAGGAUGGUAUGCCCUGGUGAAGGCCUGCCUCCUGAACUGGUUCAGGACAUGUUCCACAGCAGUCGAUGGAUGACUCAGGAGGGCUUAGGGCUGAGCAUGUGCAGGAAGAUUUUAAAGCACAUGGGCGGUGAUGUUCAGUAUAUCAGAGAGUCAGAGAGAUGUUAUUUCUUGAUUAUUCUUGAACUUCCCAUUCGUCGAAGAGCCUUAAAGAGUAUUCUUGACUAGGUUAUUGACACAUAAGCUCACCUACACUUCUUAUGCUUCUUUUAAGGUCUACCCUGAGGAUGAUUUUUGAUAGCUAGUUACAGACUAAACUUGAACUGAAGCAAACUGAUUCAGCUCAAGCUUAUAAUUAAAUCAUUCUACUUAUUUUGGCUUUGCUAUAUUUAUCCUAGCUGUUGGGCACACAGGACUAAAUCUCCAACCCCAACUCAUGUAGCAUAGCUGAUUAUUUUUCAGCAUAAGAGCAGUCUUUGAGAACUAUUUAAUGUAGCUAAUACCAUGUGCUAAUUUAGUGGUGUACUACCAUUUGUUUUUCCCAUCAAGGAGGGCCAAGUUGUUGUCAUCUGAGUUUGUCUUCGAAGCUUUAAAAAGACUGAAGGAUAUUGCCGAUUCAGUCUCAAAACCAGAUUUUGGUGCGUCCUUCAUCGACAAGCAUGUAUUCUAUCUAAAUAAUUUGUAAUAUUUAUUCUCGAGUUUCGAAAUAGUUGGUACAUUUUUGCUCGCUUCUGAGUUACUCCCUCUGAAGCUAGCUCUCCCUCCUUUUGUAAAUUUCAGCUUACUGUUGAAUAAAACACCACUAUUUUGUGCA